AUGAGUGAUCCUAUAAAUGCAAAUCCUACAGUUAUCGAUGUUUCAAAUUUACCAACACGGUUACAAGUUACUGAAACUAAGAAGGAAAAGAAUGAAGAAUUAGCAUCUAAAAUAUGUUCAUUGGCAUUUCUGGAUCUGAUUGAACAACCUGAAGAUUCAUUAGAAGAAAGUGAAAACCCAAUAGAUGAACAAGAAAUAUUUGAUUUAAUAUCCAGUAUAUCAGAUCCAGAACAUCCACUUACAUUAGCCCAAUUAGCUGUAGUAAACCUAUCAGAUGUCACCGUGACUAACAAUGAACGAGAUCAAAUUUCUGAAGUACUAAUAAAGAUCACACCAACUAUUACUCAUUGUUCAUUGGCAACAUUGAUUGGAUUAGGGAUUAGAGUUAGAUUGGAACGAAGUCUUCCGGCAAGAUUUAGAAUCAGAAUUUUAAUUAAAGAAGGUUCCCAUCAAUCAGAAAAUCAAGUCAAUAAACAAUUAAAUGAUAAAGAGAGAGUUGCUGCAGCUUGUGAAAACGAUCAAUUACUAAGCGUAAUUCUGCAGAUGCUUGCAACAUGCAAGUGA